UCGCCUGGGAAGCAGUGCGUUCCCCAGGUCAGGAUGGAGGGUCCCCCUGGAGGGGUGUGAGGAGUUGCUGGAGGUGGGGGUGGGAGAAAGAAAACAGCAUCUUCCCGGUUUCCGCAGUCUUGGGAAGGGGCCUCGGAGCCGGGAUGGCGGAGAUCACCCGGAGGAGAAAGGCCUGCAGCGCGCUGUCCCCUCCCUGGCCUGGCUCAGCCUCCGCAGGCGUCACGGUGUCUGACCCGGGGACGGGGAGCCCCUGCACAAUGACCCUCUCUGGGGACCCUCCCGAAGCUCGGCCUGGGCCCCAGCUCCCGUGCCGCAGCCCCAGACCGAGCCUCCGCUCUCACGUCCCCACCUGCCCUUCGGUCGGUCGGCGGUCGCGCGAACCUGACACCCCUGCGAACUCCACCCCCACCCUCCACCCCCCCACCCCCAACUGCCUCCCGUUUGUACAUCAACGUAGAAACCUCUUCCUACUCGGAAGCGGAGUUCGUCAGAAGGAUCCCGCCCCUGGCGCGCCGGGCUCGCCGCUGCUUUCUCUCCACGCUGCCCGCGGGGACCUCAGCGGCGUCCCCGGAGCCAUGGAGCCUGCGACGCGCCCGGAGACCGGAUCGAGCAGAACCAACGAGAGCCCGUGUCAGGAGAGGGAGCCGGAGCCCGGCUGCUCCAUGCCGGAACUGAGGCUUCUCCUCUUAGGGAGCUGUGGUGCGGGAAAAAGUGCCACAGGAAACACGAUUCUGGGCAAACCUGUGUUUGUGUCCAGGUGUAGUGGCCAGAUGGUGACAAAAAUGUGCCAGAGAGAGAGUGGGACCAUAGGAGAGGGGAAGGUUGUGGUCAUCGACACCCCCGACCUUUUCUCCUCCAUGUCUUCUGAUGAAGACAAGCAACGUAAUGUGGAACACUGCUUGGAGCUCUCUGCGCCCAGCCUCCACGUCCUGCUGCUGAUAAUUCCCAUCGGCCGCUAUAAGGGGGAGGACAAAGAGGCCGUCAGGGGCAUCCAGAAGUUGUUUGGAGCUGAAGCCAGGAGGUACAUCAUUAUCGUCUUCACUCGGGAGGAUGAUUUGGAGGGUAACUCGCUGCAAGAGUACAUCAAAGGGGAGGAGUACCUCUCGGAGCUGGUUGAAAACUACGGAGGCCGGUACUGCGCUCUGAACAACAAAGCAAGCGAGGAGGGGAGGGCCCGCCAGGUGAGGGGGCUCCUCUGCCAGGUCCAGCGUUUGAUGGAUGAAAACGGAGGACCGUAUAUCGUGAACUUCAGAAAAGAAGGCAGUAGGUUUCUGAAUUGUGUGAAUGAAGCCACGUCUCAGAAGGGGGACAAGCCACAUGGUAAGAUGAUCCUUAAAAAUGUUAAGCUUACACCUGUAUCCUUACAAAUGCAUCAUGUGUCAAAAUGAAGUAGAGAAAUUAGAUAAGUAGGAACAAAGAUGUACCUAGCUCAGGUUGGUGCCCACAGCCUGUCCCCUAGGGAACUCCUAAUACUUGGGAGUAGGUUCUGGACAUGGUAUGGGUGUCCCAGGUCUUGCCUGAAAUGUGAUAGAGGUGGACUUGCCUUCGUGGCUUCUUCUCCGACUCAGCCUUGUCUUUCUGGCCCUGGAUCCAGGACUAUACAAUGUUGACUCCCUCUGGGAAAGCAGAAACUACCUUCAUGGAUAACACUCAUUUGUAGAAUUCAGUAGUGGAGGUCAGGAUCCAUCCUGCACACUGCACAGGUCAAUCCAUAUAGAUACACCUUGUUCUGUUUAGUAGGUGCGAUUUUGUCCACAGUAAGGGCAUACACGACUAAUUUAACCAUCCCUUUAUUGAUGGACUUUCAGGUUAUUUCUAGGCCAUCUGUGCAAGAACUGAAUAUUCAGCAGUGAAUAAGGUAGAUGAGAUCUCUGUCUUCAUAGAACUUCUCCAAGUAAUAAUAAUAAUAAUAAUUAUUAUUAUUAUAAUUUCAACUUUAAUGAUAAUCAUAAUUGACAUUAUGUACUGGAAAAAUAUAUAAAUAAUUCACUCUUCCCAGCAUACAACAUAAUUCUCAUAAUAACCAUACACAUAUAUUCCUCUUAACAGCCCUAUGAAGAGGGUGGUAUUAUCAUUAUUCUUAAUUACAGAUGAGUAAACUUACCCAGAAAUAUGUGAAUUCAGGCAGAAGUAAAGAUUUAAAAUUCUGUUGAUACCCUUCAGUCAAGACCUCCAGGAACUUUCCUGUUAUGUCCCCAAAUGAUUCCUCGCUGCCUUGAGGAAAUAGCACGCAUGGGGAGCCAUGGGAAGCCAUGGGGUGUCUCAGAAUGAGGGCACUGGAAGAGACUUUUGAUAGGAUGCAGACUUGUGUGAGGUGAUUUUGGGGAAAGUCGGAGCUUUUGAAGACAACAUAAGAAGGACGAACCAUCACUAGCAUUUCAGUGGCUUACUUUAAAGGCCAUGUUCAUUCCACCUCCCAGACCUGCGACUCCUAGCGCCCAGAAUGCCUCAGACGCUGACUAUACCCUGGAGUGGCUGACUCUGCCAUUUGCUCAGCCUGAAGUUCUGGUGCUGACCUUGGGUUGAAGAGAAGUGGUGGGGGCAGGGCACGUGUGCAGAGAGAGUUUUGUGGCACAGGUUUCUACAGUAAUUUAUUGAGGUAACAAUUAACAGAGAGUAAAAUGCACAAAUCUUAAGUGUAUAGCUCAACGACUUUUUACAGUUCUGCGCAUGUGCGACCACCAUGUCGAUAAAGAUCUGGAGCAUUUCCAUCACCUCACGAGUUUCUGCUGCGUCUCCCCAAAGGGAACUGAAUCCAGACUUCUGAGAACGUAGACUAAUUUUGUCUGUUCUCGAACUUCAUAGAGUGGAACCCGAUAGCGUGUGGUUUUGUGUCUGGCUUCUUUCGUUUAGCCUGUUUUGAAGAUCCAUGCACGUUGCGUAUCCAUAGUUCAUCCAUUCAUUCUUUCAUUUUUUUGACUGCUGAGUAGUAUAACAGUUUAUAAAUAUACUACCAAAGGGCAUUUUAUUUUAUUUUAUUCAUUUAUUUUUUCCAAGGGGCAUUUUAAACUCAGAUUCUCCCUUGUCUUGCUUUAGCCCAUGGACUUCAUAGCCCAGACACUUAUCUUUGGUAGCACAAUGAAAGGAAGUCUAAGGACCAAGACCACUAAAAGCCAAGCUUAACAUUUUCACAUUCCUGGGAAGU